AUGGAGGAACAUCCAACACCAGCUCCAGAAUACUGUGCAGAUUUGAAUCAAAACUCAGCCACUCUUCAUGGUGGAAAGGUUGAAAUAGUGGGCCCAAAUGAAAAUGGUGCACUGUCGAAUGGUGUUCAUGCUGAGGACAGUGAAAACAGGCUCAGCUUGUCUGAGCUUGAUCAGCAGAAACAGAUUCCUGACAGUUCCGCCGAUAUGACAACUUCCACUUCACAGGACACAGGAUUUGGUUCUGCUUGUGUUAGUGAAGUUUCAAGUCCUGUGGAGACCAUUGAAGGGAUAGGAGGCCGAGUAGAGAAUCUGCCUGCUGAAACUGAAGGGGAAAUAAAUGAUGGUGAUGUAUUGGGUGAUGCAACUGACAAUGAUGAGAACACACUGAACAGUGAAGCCAGCUUUGAAAAUAUUGUUGAAACAGCACAUACGAAAGAUGUCAAUAAUGACGUUGAAGUAUGUGGAGAAGAAAUUGACAAAAUAGAGGAACCUGUAGGCUUAGAAGUAGAAAAUACAAAUGUUAUAAUUGAACAUAGUAACAACGAAGAAGAGGAUAUUGCAGAGAAAGCCAGUGAUGAGGCAGAGAAUAACCGUGAUAAGCCUGUUUCUAAUAUUGUUAAUGAGGAUGCAGUAAAAGAUGUAGCAGAUCAUAAUGAAGAAACAGAACACAAAUUAGUAGAUAGUUUGAACGUUGGAAGCACAGAUUGUAAAGAGUCUGAAAAUGAGAAUGUUGAUAUUACAGCCAGUGAUGAAGUGAUUGAUAGGAUCAUUGACGAUGCAACAAAUACACAUUUAGAGGCAGAGGAAUAUAAAGAAAUUGUUGUGAACAACGUGGAACAAAGUGAAGUUAAUUAUAAAAAUACAGAUGGUGUAGUGGAAGUUGUCAGUGAAAACGGUAAAUAUCAAACAAGUGAAAUUGAGAAGAAAGAUGAUAACAGUACAUUGAAAGAACCAGAAGCGGAAAAAGCAUCAAGCAGUGAUACAGAAAAUGAAAAUAUUGAAAAAGUAACAGCUGAUAUAACGAGCAGUAUUGAAUCCAAAACGGAAGAAUAUGAAGUUAAAUCUGAGGAGACAGCAGUUGAACAAGAACAGCAGCACACAGUAGCGGAUGUGUCAGGUGAGGUUGAACAAGCAGCAGGAGGGGAAGACCAGACGGUGAAUGAUGUCUUAUCAGAAGCAGUAGAUAACAAAGCUGAUGAUGCAAACGCUGUAAAUGAUGAGGACACAGGCGUGAUGGAUAUUCUAGGCAAUGGUCUGUUAAAGAAGAAGGUUCUUGUUCCUGGCAAAGGAGAGCACACCCGUCCUAACAAUGGAGAUAUUGUGACUGUCAGGGUUGAUGGCCUGUUGCCAGAUGGGACACAUGUCGACACAGGAGAGAUAACAUUUGCUCUCAACGAUGGAGAUGUUAUUCUAGCUUUUGACUUAGCAGUUGCCUUAAUGGAGGAGGGUGAGAAAUGUGAACUGUUUACAAGUGAAAGAUACGCCUACGGAUCGCUAGGCAGAGAUCCGGACAUUCCAAAAGAUACCUCAAUCACAUACACUUUGGAGCUAGUCAAAGUUGAGUCCCCUCCUGCAAUCACUGAGAUGAAUUACGAUCAAAGGCUGAAAUUGGGCGAAGCCAAGCGAGAGCGAGGGAACUAUCUGUUUGGUAGAACAGAUUACAGUGGUGCUAUAAAUUCUUACACCAGGGCUGUCAAGUUGCUGGAUAACCCAGAGCUCAAUGAAGGGAUUGAUGAGAGUUGCCGCUCUGUUCUUACCGAGUCAUGGGUCAAGUGUUAUAACAAUUUAGCAGCAUGCCAGUUGAAGAUAGAUGCUGUAGAUUCUGCCAUCAAGUCUUGUGAGAAAGUUCUCUCAGUGCAAAAAGAUAAUGUGAAGGCUUUGUUCAGGCUCGGAAAGGCUUAUGGUAUUAAGGGAGAAGUUGAUGUUGCCAUCAGUUACCUGCGCCGUGCAAUCAAAUUGGAGCCGGAAUCAAAAAUUAUGCAGCAGGAAAUGCUGAACUUAACCAGGAGGAAGAGCAAAGAAACAGCCACAGAAAAGGAACUCUACCAGAGAAUGUUUGGUGUGAGGCCUGGCGACAAGUCUCUGGCAGACGAGAAUAGGAAGGCCAAUUCAAAUAAGCUGGUAAAAUGGACACUGGUAGCAGGUGGACUUGCAGCAGUACUGAUUUCAGUGGGUCUCACUUGGUACAGGGCAUCCUGA